AUGUCCUCACCUUGGACCGUGAGAACUCAUAUAAUCCCGGCGGCAUACCCUCGCUCGUUCCGCCGGGGUACCCGCAACCCGCAUAACUCCCGGCUGAAGCUUCACGUCAAUGAGUAUCGCCCGCACGGGCGCGCGCACAAAGAUGGAGGAAACGCAGAUAACCCCGGCGCAACAGUAAUCUUCGCCCAUGGCGUCGGCUCAGUCAAAGAAUGCUAUGAGCCCUUCUUCGCCGACCUCCUCACAAACCCGCUUACACCCGCGAUCCAUGCGAUCUGGGCCGCCGACGUCGUCAACCAUGGCCAAUCCUAUCACCUGAAUGAGCGCGAGAUAGGCGACGAGCAUCACUGGUUCGACGGGGCGCACGAUAUCAUGCAGCUCAUCAACCACUUCCAGUCCUCAUUGACGCUCCCCUUGAUUGGCAUCGGGCAGAGCUGGGGCUGUGUUCACCUCCUGCUUCCCGCGGCAUGGCACCCGCGCAUCUUUCAGGGGAUCGUGCUCAUGGAACCCGUGCUGGAGGUGGGAUAUCACCACAUUGAAGAGCUGAAAGCGCAUGGUGUCCCCGAGCAGGGGCUAGCGCGGAACAUGAACAUGGGUUUCUCUGUCGCGCUGAUGCGAGAUCAAUGGGAGAGCCGCGAGGCAGCAGAGAGACACAUGCGCAAGUCGAAAUACUACUCACAGCUUGACCCGCGUGUGCUAUCUCAGUCUCUACGGUAUGAAUUGCGCAGUAUGCCCGAUGGAAGUGUUACGCUUGCAACACCUAGAUAUCAACAAGCACAACUGUUUAUGCGCGCCGACCCGCCAAUGAAAGGCUAUCCCGCUGGGGAAGACUAUGCAACGAGGGCUGAAGAGAGUUUUGUCGCACGGGGUUUUUAUCGGGGUGAGCCGGCGAAGAUAAAAGAGUAUCUACCAGGUGUGCAUUGCAAGGCGUUAUAUGUGUGGACUGCGGAUAACAGUCCGCUUAGUACGGAUUCGUACCGGAACCGGAUUGUUGGGAAGACGGGAAUAGGCCUCGGUGGAGGCGGAGGGGAAGCGACGGGGCAGGUGAAAGAGGUGUUUGUGGCAGCGGAGGGUCAUGCCCUGCCGUUUCUUGAACCCAGAGGAACGGCCAGGGCUGUUGCGAAGUGGCUGGCCGAGGAACUCAAACCACAGUGGGAGAUAGAGGAAGCGCGGCAGAGAAAGGAGCCAGGUAUUGAUCCUAUCACCGUACCCCAUGAAACCAGAGGUACAGUCACAUAA